AUGAAACUCAUGCUCUAUAUUGGCCCUUACAGUAUCCUUUUGUUGUUUCCAUAUGGUGAGGAUGGUUAUCAGUUGAACAUUGGUUAUCGAGGUCAACAGUCUAGAUAUGUUCCUGGAAGGAGAACAAGAGUUUCUCUCAGGGAAUUCAUAUAUUUUCGUCUGCAGAUUAGGGAGCACGAAGAUGGAAUUAUUCACAAGUGUAGGCGGUUAUUUCAACAAUUUGUUGUUGAUUGUUUCACGAUGAUUGAGUCCCAGAGGUUGUAUGACAUUAGAAUGAAGCAAAGUACAAUUAGAGGAGAAGUUCUUCAAGGAAUAGAGGAAGCUAUGCGUCGUGGUGAUGAUGAGGCUUCUUCAAUUGGGACACGAAUUAUUUUGCCUUCCUCCUUCACUGGUGGUAGACGUUAUAUGUUUAACCGUUGUCAGGAUGCCAUGGCAAUUUGUAAACAUUUUGGCUAUCCAGAUUUAUUCCUCACUAUUACAUGUAAUCCAAAUUGGCCUGAAUUCCAGCGGUUCACAGAGCGAGGGCGAAUUCCCAUCGCUGAUCGUCCUGAUAUCUCUUGUCGUGUUUUUCAUGCCAAGUUGAAGUGCCUCCUUAGCGAUCUCAAGGAAAGUGUGUUUUUUGGUCCACUUAAUGCAGGUAUGUAUACUAUUGAGUUCCAAAAAAGAGGUCUACCUCAUGCACACAUGUUACUCUGGCUUAAUGGAGAAAGCAACUUACAAAGUGUCGAAAUUGUUGAUGAAUUCAUUUGUGCCGAGCUACCCAAUCCACAGAAAUUUCCAUCUCUUUAUAAUGUCGUCAACAAGUACAUGAUCCAUAGUCCCUGUGGUGCACUUAGACCGAGUUCUCCUUGCAUGAAAGAUGCUCACAUAAAUCUUGAGUUUUGUAACAAGUCAAAUGUCAUUAAGUAUCUUUUUAAGUAUGUUAAUAAGGGUCCGGAUCGGGUGACUGCAACUGUUGGAGAAAGAUAUGAUGUUGGUGAAUCUUCUCAGGUGGUUGAUGAGAUCAAACAGUAUUAUGAUUGUCGUUAUUUGUCACCUUCUGAAUCCAUGUGGAGAAUUUUUGCUUACGAUAUUCAUCAAAGAUGGCCGUCGGUACAGAGGUUGACUUUUCACUUGCCAAACCAGCAACAUGUUGUAUUCGAUGAUGCUGAUAGCACUACUCAUGUUUAUUUGCGCAACAAAGAUUUGCUUACGAUGUUUACGGGUUGGAUGAUGGCCAACAGGCGGUUCACGGAGGGGCGGUCUCUAACAUAUGUUGAAUAUCCAGGUAAAUUUAGAGGUUGUACCAGUUUUCGAAGUAUAAGAACUGUGAAUGGUGUUACUUAUGAUACAUUUCAAGAGGCAUGUUCUGCCAUGGGUUUCUUGAUAGAUGAUAACGAGUAUGUUUCUGCUAUUAAGGAAGUCGCCGAGUUAGCGUCAGCUGCACAAUUAAGGAGGCUUUUUGUGAUCUUGCUGUUAUCUGGUUCCAUGGGAAGACCUUUAUCAGUUUGGGAGCAAACUUGGGCUUAUUUGUCUGAUGAUAUUCUUUAUCGCAGAAGACAUGAGCUGCAAUACCCUGAUCUAACUAUGAGUCAGGAUGAGUUACAAAUGUUUGGUUUGUUGGAGAUUGAGAAACUAUUGCAGAGUAAUAGAAAAUCAUUGAGAAAUUAUGCUGGUAUGCCAGUUCCUGAUAACUCUUUAGUCUCUCAAUUUAGCAAUUUGAUGCUACUAAGACAUGGAUUCUUUUUUGUGUAUGGGUUUGGUGGCACUGGAAAAACUUUUUUAUACAGAAUUUUGUCAGCUAGAUUGCGAUCUGAGAAAAAGAUUGUUAUUAAUGUUGCUUCUAGUGGUAUUGCUUCUCUGUUGUUACCGGGUGGUAAGACGACACAUUCUAUGUUCAAUAUUCCUGUUGAGCUUACUGAAGACACUGUUUGCCGGAUUAAGAAGGAUAGCCCAAAGGCUGAGGUAUUUCAAAUUGUUGAUUUGAUUAUUUGGGAUGAGGCACCCAUGACUAACAAAUUAGCAUUUGAAGCGCUCGAUAGGACGUUGCGUGAUAUAAUGGUUUCGGUCUCUGAUAGGAAUAAAAAUUUACCUUUUGGUGGGAAGGUGGUUGUUCUUGGUGGUGAUUUUAGGCAGGUCUUGCCAGUUAUUCCAAAAGGUUCCCGUGCUGAGAUUGUUAUGGCUUCCAUAAAUUCUUCUGUUCUUUGGAAAUAUUGUGAAGUUUUGCGAUUGACAAAAAAUAUGAGGUUAGGAAUCGGGUUUGAACAAUCAACUGCUCAGGAGUUAAGGUUGUUUUCAGAUUGGAUACUUCAAAUCGGUGAAGGUCGAUGUGGAACAGUGGUCAACGAUAAACUUUUUGUUGAUAUUCCUUCUGAUCUAAUCAUUCCUGUCUUGGAAAAUCCAGUGGAAGAUAUUGUAAAUACAAUAUACCCGAAUUUGGUUAAGAAUUUUCGUGAUCCAAAUUUCUUCCAAGAUAGGGCAAUACUCGCUCCGACUGUCGACAAUGUUGAAGAGAUAAACAAUUAUAUAGUUGAUUUGUUGCCCGGUGAGGAAAAAAAUUAUCUCAGUGCUGAUUCGAUAUGUGGUAGUGAUGCCUAUUCUGAUGUUGAUGUUGAUUGGAUAACUGUUGAAUUCUUGAAUCAGAUUAGGUGUUCUGGUCUACCUAAUCAUUCGUUAAAGUUGAAAAUAGGCGUUCCUAUUAUUUUGUUGAGGAAUAUUGAUCCGGCCGGUGGUUUGUGUAAUGGGACUCGACUUGUCGUGCGAGAUCUAGGGACAAAUGUCAUUGGUGCAGAUAUUGUUUCUAGUAGCAAUGUUGGGGACAAAGUUUUUAUCACCAGAAUGAGUAUGAUUCCUAGUGAUACGGUUAUACCGUUUAAAUUCCAACGCCGUCAAUUUUCGGUUUCUCUGUCCUUUGCGAUGACAAUCAACAAAAGCCAGGGUCAGACAUUAUCAACGGUCGGUUUGUUCUUGCGUCGUCCUGUGUUUUCUCAUGGUCAACUUUAUGUAGCUCUUUCCCGGGUUCGGAAUAGAAAUGGUCUUAAGAUUUUACUUUGUGAUGAAGGAUUAGAUGAUGCUGGUAGGACUGAAAACGUUGUCUUUAAGGAAGUUUUUGAUAAGAUAUAA